AUGCGGGGCGGGGCGCUGGGCCACGGCGUUCUCCGGACGCUUCGGGAAGCCAAGCUGCUGGAGAAGGCAAGGUACCUGAGUGUGACAUCGGGCUCCGUUUGGCUCGGCCUCCCCUUGUACUACCAGGCGAUUGACACGGUGGAGGAGUACUUGGGACAGACACUGCGACCGGAGGACAUGACCCCAGAGGCACUCAUAGAGAAGACCGGCAGUGGGCUCCGGCGUUUGAGGCACUUCCGAAACUACCCCAAGGGCCACAAAGGACCGGGUGCAGAGCAGCACCUGCUGCAGACUGAGCUUUUGGAGGAGAACGAGACUGGCCUGGAGAGCAUGUUUGGCUGUCCAGCCGACGAGGGCUGGUGCGCCUGCAUGGUGGAGCGCUUCCAGCCAGGAUCCUUUCAUGGCCUCUACUCCAUUCUGACCGCUUAUGCCUUCCUGCAUCCAUUCGAGCUUGCCGGAUGGGGCUCAACUCACUGCCACGAGUCGCAGCUGGAGCGCGUAAGAGCGAAAUUCGGCAGUGGGAAGACCAUCUACACCUCGAAGGAUGUGUCUAGGAAGCUGCCCUUCCUGCUGUCUCAGUCAGCCAUCCUCGAGCCCUACACGGGCUUGACUCCCAAAGAUCCUCUGGUGUUCUUUCCCCUGGAGCAGACGCCCCUCUAUGCCGGGACCAUCCCGGGCUACAAUGCAAGCGACGUCCACCGCAGCAUCGGUGACGUGCUUGUGGAGCCCUUCGCCUGGGGAGCAUCGGCCCGGAGUCCGUGGACGAACGUCAGCAACGGGAACGAGAUCAGGAUGGAAGUUUCUCGUAGCUUUCUCAAUGUUGGGGAUCUGGCUACCUGGGCCGGCACCGCAACAUCCUACAUCGCGGACUUCCAGAUCCGCACAUGGGCCGACAAGAUCCCAAAGUGCUUGGUUGCAGAGGGCGAGAAGUUGCUGCCCCAUGCCAACUUCUGGUCGCCGCUGGCCCCUUCGAUGCAGGGGUGUAGUUUCGAUUUGUUCUGUGUUCUUUCCCUUUGA